UCCAGUCAACAAACUGCUCUAUGCCCGGGAAAUCCCACACUACAGACAGAUGGUGGAAAAGUAUUACGCUGACAUCCGGCAGACGGUCCCCGCCAGCUACCAAGAGAUGAACUCUGCCCUGACAGAACUCUCCGGGAAAUAUUCCUCUGACCUCAACUGCCUGGUUGCCCUGCAAGAACUUUACAACUAUAUCAACAAGUACUACGACCAGAUUAUCAGCGCGCUAGACGAGGACCCGCUGGGACAGAAGAUGCAGCUGGCCUAUCGCCUGCAACAGAUCGCGGCUCUGGUGGAGAACAAAGUGACCGACUUGUGACACCUGUGCCCGGAGCCACGCCCUGCCCAGGCAGCCGGUGACCGACGAAAAGGGUCAAGCGGAUUUAACCCAAAGGCUCCCCGCUGUUGGCCGGCCAGCGCGCGCGCCCGCCCUCGUCGUUACCCCCCAGUGCCUUAACUGCAUAGAUGCUGCUGGGCUCUCUCGAACUCGGUGCUCUCUCUCUCUCUCUCUCUUUUUAAAAACUAGCUGCAAAGGGAACCUUCCCAGACCGAUACACUGGCUUUGUAAAUUUUUUUUAAAAGGUGUAUUUAUUUCUGUCGCUCUCCGAGGAGGGCGUCGGCUGCCUUCUCCUACCCGUGGGGGGGAGAAUGAGGUUUACGGCAGUGUCUGGGAUUGGGGGAGUUUACCCCCCCUCCCCCAAAUUCCCUAGACUCUCCUAUUCUCCCCCGCCCUCCUCAGUUUCUGGGCUGAUGAUGCACUAAUAUUGGGGUGGUGUUUCCUCUGUACAACAGAGUCUAACUAGUCCCUUUUAACGCUCCCCCCCCACCCGUCUCUUUUUAACUCCCCC